AGUGUCCGGCGAUAGUCUCGUCGCAGUUGGUCGUUGUGUUCUUCAUUGAAAAGCUAGAAGAUUGUUUUUACUUACUGUACUACUUGAUACUACACACCUUCAUGGCGGAGAGAGAUACCUCUUUCCUCUUCUCCGGCACCUCUUUCAAUCGCAAGAAAUUUGCCGCUGUUUUCACCAGAUUCAAGGAGAAAAAGGGGAAUGAUGUGUCACCAAGAGCAGAGCCAAAAUUGGUUGAAGAUGCGACUCCUGCAUUCCAGGAGGAGGAAGGUGUGAAAACGCAUUACGCUGACAAGAAGAGGAAGAGGAAAGCAGUUGAUUCUGAUCCUGUUGAAGGAUUCAGUGUUUUCAAGAGCUCGAAAUCCCAAAAGGCCAAUGAAGAUGAUCAACAGGCUGAAAAUGCAAUUAUGCUAGAAAAGAAGGAAUACUAUCGUCAGUUGGAGGGAGAUGCAAUUUUCCGCAAGAAGCACAAUAUUCAUGUUUCUGGGAGUAAUGUUCCUUCACCACUUCGGAGUUUUGCCGAGUUAAAAUCAAGGUUUAGUUCUAAAUCAUAUAUAUUGCGGAACUUAGCAGAACUUGGAUUUGAAGAGCCAACACCAAUCCAAAGGCAGGCUAUUCCUGUUCUCCUAUCUGGGCGGGAAUGCUUUGCAUGUGCUCCCACUGGUUCUGGUAAAACAUUUGCCUUUGUCUGUCCAAUACUGAUGAAACUCAAGCGUGCUUCCAAAGAUGGCGUUCGAGCAGUAAUUCUUUGCCCAACAAGAGAAUUGGCCGCUCAGACGGCCAGAGAAUGCAAGAAGUUGGCUAAAGGGAGAAAGUUCUAUAUCAAGCUAAUGACUAAACAGCUUGUUAAAGGUGCUGACUUUUCAAAACUAUGUUGUGACAUACUCAUAUCAACACCAUUUCGCGUGCAGUUUGCCAUUCGUAAAAAGAAGCUUGAUCUGAGCAAGGUUGAAUUUCUCAUCCUUGACGAAUCUGAUAAACUAUUUGAGCUGGGCUUGGUGAAGCAGGUUGACUCAGUGGUUAAAGCAUGCUCUAAUCCUUCUAUAUUACGAUCCCUGUUCAGUGCUACUUUGCCUGAUACAGUGGAAGAGCUUGCUCGCACAAUAAUGCAUGAUGCCAUCCGAGUUAUUAUUGGUCGGAAAAAUUCUGCUUCUGAAUCAAUAAAGCAAAAGCUGGUUUUUGUAGGAAGUGAAGAAGGGAAGCUUCUUGCUCUUCAUCAAAGCUUUGCAGAGAGUUUAAAUCCACCGGUACUGGUAUUUGUCCAGAAUAAAGAGCGGGCCAAAGAGCUUUAUAAUGAAGUGAAAUUUGAUGAUAUUAGAGCUGGUGUGAUACAUGCUGAUUUAUCACAAGUACAGAGAGAGGAUGCUGUUAAUAACUUCCGAGCUGGGAAAACAUGGGUGUUGAUUGCCACGGAUGUUAUUGCUCGUGGUAUGGAUUUUAAAGGUGUCAAUUGUGUUGUUAAUUAUGAUUUCCCUGAUUCGGCAGCAGCAUAUAUUCACAGGAUAGGUCGUUCUGGUAGAGCUGGUAGGAGUGGGGAAGCGGUUACCCUGUACACCGAAGCUGAUGUUCCAUACUUGCGGAACAUAGCUAACGUGAUGGCAGCAUCAGGCUGUGAAGUUCCACCCUGGAUCAUGUCUUUACCAAAGCUCAAGUGGAAGAGGCACAGGCCACAAAGAGAGGCUAUUUCAACUAAACCAGUAGGUGAGGAUGAAUAGAUUAAGCAGCGAAUGGAGUGGACUAUGAUUUUUGCCGUUCUAUGUAACGUGUACCUGUUUCUGGUUUUUACAGUGCACCUGUAAAAUUUUCAUUAUUAAAGCAGACUUUUGUAUUUUAA